AUGAGCGUCCGCGACUUGCGGUCGCCCUCGGCGACGACUCCGUUGCUUCAAGCAGCCGAGCCGCACCCAUCUGCACCGCAUCCGACCCUAUCACGUCUAGACGGCUGCGACUCGAGCAAGCAGGGGCAGGCGCACAUUGUGGUACUCGGGGGGGCAGCCAGCAGGCCCGGGCAGGGGGGGGCGGAUGGCGAUGGGGGCGCGCAAGUGCGCGAGGAGAACUGGGGGGAUGCGCAGGUGCCGGGGCACGGCAGCGCGCGCGCGGGUGCGCACGGGCCGCACGGGGAGGUGGCGCACGUGGGGUCGGCGCGCAAGGCGCUGGGCAACGUGGUGAUUUCGAUCGUGGGCGCGGGCGUGCUGGGGCUGCCCUUCACGUUCCGCCAAGCCGGGUGGUUCGUGGGGUCGUGCGCCAUCGCCGGCAGCGCGUCGCUCAGCUUCCACUGCAUGAUGCUGCUGGUGGGGCGCGCAGUUGGACGGGGAGGCAAAGGGGGGGAGGGGGAAGGAGGGGGAUACAGGGUGCGGUGUCGGCGGCUGGUGGCGGAGAGGGGCGGGGCAGUGAUCAACACGUACGGCGACCUGGGGUACCACGCGUGCGGCCAGGUGGGGCAGCGGGCAGUGGACGUGUUGGUGCUGGUGUCGCAGGGCGGGUGCUGUGUGGCGUACCUCAUCUUCGUGGGGGACAACCUCGCCUCCAUCGUGCCCGCGUGCCCCACGCUGCCUGGCACCUCCGUCAAGACCACCCUCAUCCUGCUGCUCUCGCCUCUGCAGAUUCUCCUGGCGUGGGUGCGCUCGCUCACAGGCCUCGCGCCCUUCAGCAUAUUCGCUGACGUCGCCAACCUCCUUGCCAUGGCCGUGGUCAUCCGCGAUGACGUCAGCAGCUUCACGCGUCCCACAGCAGUGCACGCGUGGACGGGGCUGGCAGCGCUGCCAUUCGCUAUGGGGGUGGCGUGCUACUGCUACGAGGGCUUCGCCAUGACGCUGCCGCUGGAGGCGUCCAUGAAGGACCGCAGCAAGUUCCCCCUCGUGCUGGGCGGCGGCAUGUUCUGCAUCACGCUGCUGUACAUAGCGUUUGGCAUCGUGGGGUACGUGGCGUUCCAGGACGGCACGCAGGAGAUCAUCACGCUGAACCUGCCGCGCGACCUGUCGACGGACGUGGUGAAGCUGGGGCUGUGCGUGGGGCUCUUCUUCACCUUCCCCGUCAUGAUGCACCCCGUGCACGAGAUCUUUGAGCGCCGCCUCAUGCUCACGCCCGCCUUCCAGCGCCACGUGCAGCCCUACCCGCGCCUGCGCCGCUUCCUCCUGCGCUCCGUGCGCUCCCUCAUCGUGCUGGCGGCCGCCCUCGUGGCCGUGCAGGUGCCGGGCUUUGCCACGUUCAUUGCGUUUGUGGGGUCGUCCGUGUGUGCGCUGCUGGCCUUUGUGCUGCCCGCCACCUUCCACCUGCAGAUCCUGGGCAGCGACGCCACGUGGGGAGCCGUCUUGUCUGACUCGGCCCUCAUUGCGUUUGGCUUGGCCUUUGCUGCGUAUGGCACGUACUCCACCAUUUGGACAGGGUAG